GGGCAAAGCAGCACAGCACAGGAACACACACAUCCACGCGCGCGCACACGUACACAAACUUGCGCAUACACACGCUCACCGAGCUCUUCUCCGACAGUAGAGAGAGAGGGAGAGCGCGAGCUCAGAGAGGAAUAAACAGAGGGAGAGAGCGAGAGAGACCAUAGGAACGCAGAAGCGGCUUGUGUGUGUGUGCGUGUGUGUGUGUGUAGGUACGCUUGCUCGGCGGUUAGAAACGACUGGCUGGGCGGAUAUGGAGGGGCUCGGGAAAAACGCUGGGAACUGACCGAGUACCGAAACGAAGAGUGAAAGAGAGAGAGAGGGAGAAGAAGGACUGACGGAUAGCACGGUAGGAAGGACGGAAGGAAAGGAGGAGAGGAGGAGAGAGAAGUCUAAAAGAGGAGAGGAAGAGUGUGAAGAAGGGGCUCGUCUGGAACACAGAAGGAUCCUAAGGAGCGAGCCCUGGGCUGGAUGGGACCCACCAUGCCCCCCAGUAAGAAGGCCCAGAGCCCCAGUAGUGGAGCUAGUGCCUCACAGGGCAUGAGCCCGCCGUACCGGCAAGGUGACGCCGCCACAGCGGCGUCUGAAGCCGAGGCAGCUGACCUCUCCCUUUCCCUGUCCGCCUCCUUCUCCAAGGCCGAAGACGAAGAGCUCACCAGCCUCUCCUGGCUCCACGAGAGCACAGACCUCCUCAACAGCUUCAGCCAUUCUGGGCUUCGUAGCGUCUCCCCUCUGCAGGACCCCGAUGGCCAGCACCCUCGCUCGCCCUCCUCCUCGUCUCCCUCCCCAGACGACCCCCUGCUCGGUGACGCGCACUCAGCGUACGACUUGACGGCGGGGGCCAACCGAAAACCUCCGUACUCCUUCAGCUGCCUGAUUUUCAUGGCCAUCGAGGAUGCGCCAAACAAGCGGCUGCCGGUGAAGGAUAUCUACGGCUGGAUUCUGGAGCACUUCCCUUACUUUGCAAGCGCCCCCACAGGCUGGAAGAACUCAGUGCGCCACAACCUGUCGCUCAACAAGUGCUUCAAGAAGGUGGAUAAAGAUCGCAGCCAGAGCAUAGGCAAAGGCUCUUUGUGGUCCAUAGAUCCAGAGUACAGGCACAACCUGAUCCAGGCUCUGAAGAAGACGCCGUACCAUCCCUACUCGCCCAGCCUGACCACCCCCUCCACCUCCCCACCCACCCUACCGCAGACAUUUCACCACAGUCCUCCGUUGUGGUCGGGGAGUCCCCUCUUCAGAAAGAACGGAGGAGUACUCCUACAAGUUCCUCGAGGUGUGAUCCAAAAUGGCGCCCGUGUCAGGAGCCAGGCCCUCUUCCCUGUUAUCAGACCCUUACCUGUAAGCCCUGUGGGGAGCAGAACCUCGGCCAUAAGAUCAUCCCUGGGCGAUUAUCUAAGCCGAGGACAGGACAGCCCAACCUGCUACUCUCCUCCGCCCUGCGGCGAGGACCUCCAGGACGACCACACUUACAGCACCGCCAAAUCCCCCAGCAGGCUGUGCUCCUCCCAGGUCACCUCCCCUUCCUCCCCCGUGGACGACGACGACAUUAUCGCCGUGGAAAUCCAAUCAGACGUCAAACCCGAGCCCCGGGAGAUCCCACUGGACUCUCACGUCACCACUGCCGCCACCACCACUACCUACAUUUCCCAGCAGCCCCCGCGCGGACAGAGACGUAGUUUGGGGGGAGCCGGGACUCUGGCUGGGAGCAGUUUGCCCUGGACCAAAAGCCGAGCGAGAGGCAUUAGUGACACGCUGCCGCUGAAGAAGCGGCGCGCGGCGACGGUGGAGAAGCCGCCGGAGAGCGACGACGAGGAGAUGAAAGAGGCGGCGGGAUCGCUGCUCCACCUGGCGGGGGUUAGAGCCUGCCUCAACAACAUCACAAACCGCACCGCCAAGGGCCAGAAGGAGCAGAAAGAGGCCCUGAGAAACUAAGACACACACACAUAGAACAAAGCAUAGACACACACACAGACGGCUUAUAGCUCCAAGCACACACACACAGAUUUACACACACACACAACUAGGUCAACAGGUAACAUUACUACAGCAUUAGUCUCAACGGACACUUGUCAUCUCCCUCUAUCUAUCUGCAGGGCAUUAGGUGAAUCCUACUUAUUUGUGGCAAUAUCAAAAAUCUAUGUUUUCCUACAUGUUCAGCAACACUAAACAUCGAUGGGUAUUUCUCAUAUGUCUUUGUUGGUUUUUUGUUGUUUAAAAAGGGGAUGAAAGCCAUAAAAAAAGGAAAAAACAAAAGCACGUUUUGUCACUAAUUUGGACGAGCGCGACAAAACCGAGUCACGUUGCCGGGAGGGGGAGGGCGGGAGCUGAUGAUGGCUGUUUGUCUUACCUGUUUGUUUCUAUGUGAAUCUGUAGCAAUCUUGCAGUGAUGCCGGCAAAGGCGGGUCGGCCGCCCGCCGGCAUCACUCUCCUACAUCCACGAGCACAAAUGUGAGACUGUGCCAAAGAUAAGCGACCAGGUUGCUUCAUGUAGCCGAUACGACAGCUGACAAGAAAAAAAACAAACACAAAAAAAGUUCAAAGAUGGCGUAGUAGAGCUGACGAGAGAGAGCGAGUGACCUUAAGUGUGGAAAUAAAUGUAAAACCCAAUGUGAUAUAUAUUCAUGCACUUAUUUUACGCCACUUAUAAUAAAAAGCAUCAUGGGUAAAGACAUGGUUUAUUUCAAGAGCACUCAUAGUAUUUAAGAAUAAAUAUAUUAAAAUUUAAAAAAAAAAAGGUCAUGUUUUAUCACCAUAGAGACGGAUAGUGUGCCGGGUCUGAGGCAAUAUCUCCUUCAUUUUGUUGUUGUUGUUGCAUAAUGUAAAACCUCCUCCCUCCACCCCCUCGUACUUCUCUCCAUUAGACGACGUAGACACCUGGUAUAGAUAUCAUAGCUGCCAGUAGCUGCCACCACCUUCCUCUUCAUUUGACAAAGAACUAUAUACAUGAACUGUGGGUUUAGGUUUCUGUUUGUGUCUGUUUACCCUCACUCUACCCUCAUAAAGAUAUAAGCAAUUUGCCCCUGUGCGGGCAACUCUGUAAAAAGGUUAGAAAAUAUUUUAUUUUUUUCCUUUUUCUUAAUUGAAGCAAUUUGACCUGCAGGACUUUCUCAGUUAUAUUGCAUGGGUGCUUGUAAAUAAGAUAAAAAGCAAAUCUUUUUUAUUCAAAGAUCAUGUAAGAUAAACGAUGUAUUUAGCAUGAAGCAUGACUUAUUUUCAUAUAAACCUUGAUCCUAGAGGAAAGAAAAAAAAAGUUUUGCCGCCAAUUCUUAUACCCGUGAUUAUAUUGGAGAUUUUCUUUUCUUUUUUUUAUUUCGUCUCCUUGUUUUUCUGAGCGGGCUUUCAAAGACACGUCUUCAGGGAGGAAACGUGGGAGAUCACUCUGCAAUUAGAGGCCCAAAGGACGCCACCUCUGGGCUUCGGGUUCAGGCUUAUAACGUAGGCCAGCUGAAACACCUCUUGGGGGGGUGGGCUUACGACAACUUCUGCCUGUACAGUGAUUUCUUUUAUUUUUUUUAAUUUAAUUGUUUUAGGUGUUCAAUGUUAAACCCGGUGUUAUUCCAGAACACGUCUGUGGAGUGUGUGCGUUUGUGUGCCCAGGAACACACACCCUUUAACAUCGUGCCUGCCUGCCUGCCCUCAGUACCUCUGUUGUCACGACAGAACCUGUCUUUAUUUAUAACAGUAUUGUUUUUACUUUUACUUCAGUGUGUAAAUGUACGCGUGUCCUUCCUCUCCAUCGGCAUUGUUCGGUGUAAAUGUUUGAAAGGGGCGCGGGAGACCUUGUAGAUGCCCUCAUAUCUCCAAGAAAAGGAAAAAAAAAGACGACAUGGGAAGGGGACGUUUCUUUU